CCAAACCAGAAACCCAAAGACAUAAAUUGCAUAUCUUUCUCUCUAGUUAGUAGUUACUUUAUAAUAUUAUAUCAAACUAUAUAUUAGAUUAUAUUAUAAGCUCUACAGCCUUAUUAGUAAUGGAUGUGUUGACAAUGUUGACUGCUGAGAAGCCAGUGGUGAUCUUCAGCAAGAGCACUUGUUGCAUGAGCCACACAGUGAAGGCUCUGAUAAAAAGCUUUGGUGCAAACCCUGCAAUGAUUGAGCUUGACAAGUUGCCAAAUGGUCAGCAAGUAGAGAGAGCACUGGUCCAGCUCGGCAGCCGGCCAGGCGUGCCGGCGGUGUUCAUUGGACAGCAAUUCAUAGGUGGUGCUGAUGAACUCAUAAGUCUCAAUGUUCAAAACAAGCUUGCUCAAUUGCUACUAAGGGCUAAAGCUAUAUUCAUCUGGAGUAGGUAGCUGUAGCUAUAGCUAUCCAAUUGCAAAGUAAAUUCCACCCUUUCACUUCAACUCACAUGAGCAAAUAAGAGGUUCUAGUAUUGUUCUUGGGAACCCCGAUGAGUAUAGACCUUCUUCUAGCAAUGCUUCUUGUGUUCUUCUCUUGUUGAAUCUUGUUAUCCUAAUCCUAAUUUUGUAUAAUGCAAGUAGUUAAGCUUUUACAUCAUCAUAGUCAUAGAUGGCUCUAUCAUAUUAUAGUCCCUUUUUGGAGAGUAAUAAUCUGAUUUUGAAGAGUUAAGUCCAAAUUCAGUGUGCAAUCUCUGCAAUGUGA